GUUUCAGAAGGUCAUUAAACUAAUUUGUCGUCGAUUAGGUGUUAGAACUUAGCGGGGAGAAACUGGCAAAACAAAGGGAGCUGUGGAAAGAGCGUAUGGAUACCCCGCUAAAAAUUGAUAAGAACAGGGUGUACGAUACUCAAGCACGACCUGCGGCUUCUUGGAGUAGACUCGCUUCUCUGAGCGGCUCAAGCAAACCAGGUCGUGCAUGUUUCUGUCAAAAGCUCGAAAGCUUCGAAUGGAAGCAAAAGGAAGGCAUUUGCGGUGUUGAAGGAAUAAAUGCUGGUGACGACAAAAGAAAAAAUGAAACAAAGCACGUAUGA